AUGGACGAUCGAGUGACAGCUAAUCAUGGAAGUCAAUUUACAGCGGAUGAAGAUGUUUUAAAGAAUACGACUGUACAUUCGAACGGCGCAGUUGUGGUUAAACGACAAAAAAAGUUAUUAUCAACUCCUGAGGAUGCCGCCAAAGUUCGAAAACAAAGAGAAGCAGAAAAACUAUAUGGAAGAGGUCGAAAAAUUCCAUGUAUGGGGAUCAAGGACAGAAAACUUCGCGGUAACCUAAAAGCCCUCGAGGAUAAACACAAAACAGCCACGCUUCAGGCAAAAGAUGCAGAAAUUCUACUUGAAAAUGAAGCAGGAUUCCUGCAGCCUGAGAAUGAAAUGGAACGUACAUACAAAGUCAGGCAAGAUGAGAUCCAGGCCGAGGUAGCAGUUGAAACUGCGAAAAAAAAAUUCGACCUUAAACUAGAUGCUUUAGGUCCAUAUGUAUUCGAUUACACUCGAAAUGGAAGAGAACUCUUACUUGCGGGUAGAAAGGGACAUGUUGCAACUAUGGACUGGAGGGAAGGCAGGCUGGGUUGCGAGUUACAACUGGGAGAAACUAUAAGAGAUGCCAAAUGGUUACACAACAACCAAUUAUUCGCUCUAGCUCAAAAAAAGUAUGUUUAUAUAUAUGACCGGGUCGGGGUUGAAAUACAUUGCUUGAAAAAGCACAUUGAAGUAACUAAUAUGGAAUUUCUUCCGUACCACUAUCUUCUAGCAACAGUUGGUAAUGCUGGAUGCCUUAAGUACCAAGAUAUUUCCACUGGGAAAAUAGUUGUUGAAUUACCGACUCGUCUUGGGUCCCCUACAUCUCUUACCCAAAAUCCACAAAACGCCAUACUUCACAUGGGUCACCAAAAUGGAAACGUUACACUCUGGUCACCAAAUUCUACUACACCCUUGGUCAAACUUCUUGCUCAUCGGGGUCCUGUCAGAGCCUUGGGAAUCGAUCGUGAAGGAAGAUAUAUGGUUUCCACCGGACAAGAUUUAAAAAUGUGCGUAUGGGAUAUACGAACUUUUAAGGAGGUUAACACCUAUACAUUGAAGCAGCCAGGGUCAUCUGUAGCAAUCUCAGAUCGUGGUUUAACUGCUGUAGGCUGGGGAACACAAACAACAAUAUGGCGAGGGUUAUUCCAAAAAUCUGCAGCAGAGCAAGAAAAAGUCCGUGAUCCUUACAUGUCCUGGAGUGGACAAGGAAAACGGAUUGAGCGAGUGAGAUGGUGCCCCUUUGAAGACUUACUUGGGGUCUCUCAUGAUCAUGGAUUCUCUUCGCUCAUCGUACCUGGAUCUGGUGAGCCAAAUUUUGACGCUUACGAAGUUAACCCAUACGAAAACACCAAGCAGCGACAGGAAAAUGAAGUUCGAUCUCUACUUAAUAAACUUCAACCCGAAAUGAUCUCUCUCAAUCCGAAUAUCAUCGGUAACCUAGAUAUAUCAACAGCAGAACAACGUAAGGCAGAUAAAAACCUUGAUAAGAAAGAAGUGGAUCCGACUGCCAUGAUUAAAAAUCGUGGGCGAGGAAAGAACAGUAGUCUACGGAAAUAUUUGAGAAAGCAGGGAUCAAGAAAUGUAAUUGAUGAGAGGAGAUUACGUAUCGAAGAAUUGAGGAAGAAUCAGAAUUCAAAGGUUCAAAAGAGGUUGGCUGAGAAGACAGAAGAGCUAGGCCCGGCAUUAGGACGUUUUGUGAGGAAGAAUAAUUUGACUUGA